AAAACGGUGAACCUAUGAGUAUCCUUCCUUCCUAUCUGUUUUAAUUUCUGGGCCUAGACUAGACAUUUUAAAUUAAUGUCUGUAGUGUGGACUUGUCGAGCGGGCAUCUUAGACAUUCUUUAAAUUAAUCUCUGUGUUAUUAAGCAACAAAUAUUAUAAAUAUGUACAUCUACGUUUUCGAUAUUGGCGUGUACACACAAAUGAAGAGAAUUAACGGAUGAACUAUGUAUAUACCUUUAAUAGUUUAUAAUUAUUAAGUGUUUUUUUCGGCCGUUUUCAACUUGUGGUGCUCAAGAUGGAUGUGGAAGACGAUGAGUAUGUCGAAAACACAUGGACCUAUAUUUCUUUAUGUGGUGAACCAACAUUAUAUGAGGGGUUAAAAUUUGCAAAGGAUUUAAUCAUAGCAAACCUCACUCUACGUUUUUUGAUACAAUUUAUGCCUUUACCUUACCAUGUGCGACAUAGUUUAUCCUUGGUUAUAGGAAGUUUUCUUCUAUACUACAGUGUCGGGCCAGCAUUCAUUUGGAUUAUUGGCCUCACAUCAGGGUCUUACUUGUCAAUUGUUUUAUUAUCUUUUGUAACUAAAAAAUGGAGAGGUAUCACAAUAGGUGUUUUAAUUAUAUCUUUUCUUUUGUCUUGUGAAGUCUAUAUAGUGAAUCCAAAAAUGUGGCAACAAAUUCGAGGUGUGCAGAUGAUUGCAGCAAUGAAAAUUAUAUCAGUCGCUAUUGAAUUGGAUCGUGAUUUGUUUAAACGUAUGAUGAAUCCUGUUGAGUUUGGUGGUUACUUAUUAUGUCCUGCUAACUGUAUUUUAGGGCCUUGGAUAUCAUUCCAUUGUUACAGUCAACACUUAGAUGUGAAAUUUAUGUGUAGAAGAUGGUUUAAACUCAUUAUGUAUUAUCUUUUGAUGGCAAUGAUUUUUCUUGUACUGUCCAACUGUAUAGUACCAUGGUACAUAGAUGAUGACACAUCUAAAUGGUUAGUAGCAUACCGUGAUGCCCAAGCAUUCCGAAUGUCACAUUAUUUUAUUUCAAGUUUGUCUGUUGUAUCUAUGAUAAGUGCAGGCUUUGGUUUAACUAAUGACUGUCAUUCAGAACUUAAUAUCACUAAACCUUUUUUCAUUGAGUUGCCCAGAUCCCUGGUGCAAGUAGUUAUUUAUUGGAAUAUACCAAUGCAUCAGUGGCUAAAAAACUAUGUAUUUAAAACAUGCCAAGGCUAUGGUCAGUUUACAGCUAUACUUGUUACAUAUGCAGUAUCUUCAUUGCUACAUGGUUUAAAUUUUCAAUUUUCAGCAGUGCUCUUGAGUAUAGGAACUUUCUCAUAUGUUGAAUAUAAUUUUAGAUUUAAAGUGGCAUCUGCUUUAGAAGUAUGCUGCUUAUCAAAUCCCUGUUUAAAACAGUGUGACCAUAAAUAUAAGAAAAAUAGUUUACUAGCUAUUAUUAUGAACACAGCAUUUUCUUUGAUUACUAUUAUUCAUCUUGCUUAUUUGGGAGUUAUGUUUGAAGCAUCUUUCAAUGUGCAGGAAUCUGGCUACUCAUAUUACCACACAAUAAGUAAAUGGAAAAAUCUCAAUUAUUUCAGCCAUGGCUUAACUGCCUUCAUGUAUGUUAUUUAUAUAAUGAUGUGAUUAUUUGUAGAUACCUUAACAAGAACCACCUUGAUAAAAUGUAAGAACUUGAUCUCAAUAAGUAUUAUUAAGCAUUAUCAUUUUUGAUCUUUUUAUAAAGUAGGUAUUUAAUAUCAGUAUUAUGGAAUCUCUUAUCUUCCUAUGAAUGCUUUUUCAAAAUAGUAAUUUUGUAAGCUUUAAAUCUCAAGUUCCACAUGGUACUUUGACUUUCUAGUUACUUAAGAAUACACAUUUAAUAAAUAUUGCAAGGUAGGAACAGUUUCGUAAAAUGUUAAAGUAGGUACCUAUAAGAUGAAAUAAAUUAAAAUUUAACAUAUCACAAAUUUAUUUUAUAAAACACCAAAACAUAAAGUUUGAGGUACCUAAUAUUUUGUUGUGACACUCAUGUUUCUGCCAUAUUUUUCUAUUACAUUUUAAAACAAUUAGGUAUAAUAUCUUUAAACCACUUUAUUCUCUAUUCAAGCACUAAUAACACUGGUCAACAAAAUGAUUUUUUUUGCCAUUGCUCAGUGGUAUUUUUUCAUACCUUGGCAUGCAACUACUAUAAAUAUUUUCGUAAAAAAAAUUAAACACCCAUUUAAAAAAAAAAUACAUUUAUUAAAAAGUAACCCAAAAUUACUGAUGUUUGUAAAUAUUUUCUAAAAGAAUUUAUACUGAGGAUGUUUUUGUUCUUUUUGGUUGCCUCUUGUAACUAUAAGACGGGUGAUCUCAUUUGAGUGUCCAACAAAAAUCUGUAAACAUUCUCGGCGACUACUUUCCUUGGUAUCUUCUUUCCAUCGCCAUGAUGUCUUGAUGGAAUCUUUUCCUGUGCACAUCGCUUACUGCCCCCAAGUUUUUUGGGAAAAAAUCUAGAUGGGAAUUAAGGAAAUGUAUCUUCAAAGACAUAUUACAUUGUAAAUCUUUAUAGUCUUGUAGAAGCUUAGAAACUAUCUCCUUAUAGUUCGCAGACUUUGUUUCCCAAAAAUUUCUUUGUCACUUCAACAAAAGAAAGCCAUGCAUUUUUUCCUUUUUCUUUAAUUUUUAAAUAAAUUUAGUAUCUUUCAUGACCUUCCUUAUUUCUGGCCCUAUAAAAUUUCCUUCUUUCAAUUUAGCUUCACUCAGUCUAGGGAAUAAUGUUUUUAAAUACAAAAAACCUUCUCUGUUUCUAUCCAUGCCUUUAAGUAAACUCUCCACAAAUAAAACAAAAGAGGUCCCGUGAAUUUAAGCACUUUCGAAUCAUAUUGUAUACUUCUACGUUCUCUUUUAAACUAAAACUUAAAAAAAACAGCAAACAACUAGUUCCUAACAAUUUCAAUAAACAGUUGAAAAAACACUAGAAAUUGAACGUCGUCUAGUGUUGAAUAGUGAUAUAACGCGAUAACAAACUAAGAAUGACAUACACCAAAUAUGCACAAAUGUGAGGGUAUAUCGUGUUCUCACAAAUAUCAGUUUAGUUUUUGUUAGAAUGGCCAACCACAAUACUUAUUUUCGAUAGAACGUCAAAAUUUUUCAAAUUCAAACUAAAUCGUUUAUUGAGAUAAUUCGAUGUAAUAGAUUGUUUUUAUUAUUAUUUUUUAAAUACUUAUAUGUGAGAGAUACCGAAAAUACAUACAUUUAUUAACGGCAAAAACUCAUGUUGACCAGUGUAAUUAAAUUCAAAAUUUGGUGAUUGAUUAUUCCAGUAUCCAAUUCAGUUGUUUGUCUUGAAUAUUGAAAUAUUUAACAUAUAGAUUGUUAAUUUUUUUUACAUUUAUUUUGUAUUUUGUGCAAUUAUCAUUAAUGUGAAAAAGUUGUAUUUUGUAAUUAACCAUAUCUACAGAUGGAUGUUCACUGCAUGCCUCAAGAUCUUCUGUAGAAUCUUUGUUUGUACUAAAAUAUUCAGGUCUUGUAUAGAUUAAAGUAAUUUUAUAAUCUUUUGUAACUCU